AUGCCAUUUUUCUCGCAGCUGCAGGCUGCAAGCAAAGGCUUAGAGAGCAAAGGUGGUGGGGCUCUAAAUGGCAAGGAUCAUCAGUGGAGCUUGGGGGACAGGUUGGCAGGGAUUGCAAAGAUGCAGAAGAAGCUCAAGAUGGCUCCGCGACGAGCUAGGGUCGUCGAUGAUGAGACGUCUUCAAAAGAUGAUCCUCCCAGCAAACGGACAAGGUCUCAUAAUCCAGCUCCCUCAUAUGCCAGGUCAACCAAUGGAGGGGAUGCCGAUCCAACAAGAAACGAGGAGAAUAUGGAUCCGAGAAGAGCGGCAGCGAGCAAUGAUAUUACUGCGCAGAUACGCAACAUGCAGGCACCGCUGUCCCCAAGAAAUGCCAAUGCACAAGGUCAAGCCGCUCGUAAAAAGAAGACCGCAGGAGUUCCAAUGACAGAAGCAAUGGGGGUUGCAAGUCGUGCAGAUCAGGAUCAAACACUCAAUGCGACUCAGAUGGUCAAAUUUGAGAGGGCAAAGGCAAAGGUCAAGGAGUGCAAGGCCAAAAUUGGGACCCUAGAGAAGGAAAACAAGGAUCUGCGCGUCGUGAACUUGUCCCUGGAAAAGAGCUUGGCGGCCAUGAGAGAUCGGUAUGAGCUGCCGGACUACCUGAAACCAGAGCACCUAAAGAAGAUUGCCAAGCGCGUCAUCUCCGCAUUUCUGCGUGGCGACCAGUUCUACAGUGACCUGUAUCCAACCAUGGACAACGUAUACAAGGUCUUCCUCGCCGAGCAGGACCUGGCCCACAGCAGUGACCGCAGGAGGUUCAAGGACUACUGGGACAGCAAGUACGGGCAAAAAGUGAUGACUAAGCUUGGGGACCGGCGCUCCAAGUUGGGGGGCAGGUUUCGUAAGCUGCUUGGCGAGGAGGUCAAGUGCGUGCCCAUGCCUCAGUUUCCAGACGACGAGGAGGAAGCAGCGGCGAGACAAGCCAUUCGGGACAAGUUUGCUUCAGAUAAGAUUUGGAUCGCGGGGCCCAAUGCAUUCCAGAAUACGGAAAACGGGGAGAUUGCGUACGAGGAGAGCGAGGGGGACGAGCCGGAACCUCUGAAAGGACGUGUUUUUCGGGUUGCAUAUGCCGGCACGAUUGAAGCGGCGCU